CACCCUCACAUAUUUUCCACAUUAAACGCUUUAAAAUGUCUCAAUUUAACUAAUUAUCCUAUACCAUACGACCAAUGCAGCUUCAAAUUUAUGUCGGUGGGGGAUGUCAUAACGCGUGCGUUAUUCCAAAGCGGUGCCGGUCAGCACUGGAGCAGAGGCCGUAUCACGGUGUCUGAUCGGAGCCAGAUUCUUCUGGGGGGCGGUUUCUGGUGCAAAUAAAGCCGUACUCAUAAAGGUUGAGCGGAGCAAAGGAGGAGGCUGGACCUGCCCUGGGGCUGCCUUUGAGUGCUCGGUUGCGCAGACGGAGCAGAACGCCUCCUGGAGCUGGUCCGGAUGGGGCAGCUGCCAGUGCCUCCCGCUCGGUCAGUGUGUCUCUGCGUUUGCUGUGUGCGGUGCGCUGUGUAGCGCGCAUCUUAGGUACGCGCGGGGGAAUCGGACACAAACGAAACUGAUCCCCCGAAGACGCCGGGGCGCCUUGAGGGAUAUGCACGCUUUUGGAGUUUCCUCUUUAUUUCCCACAAUGCAGCUGUCCAGCCAGCUCGUCCUCCUCAUUACACUCCUGAUGAUUAGAGCGUGGACUGGUCUCUGCGUUCUGGACAUGCAGACCAACCAGGAGACCAUCAUGAAGAUCAGCUCGGCUGGAGCGUUGAUGCAGUGCUCCGCCGUGCUGGACCUCCUCUUCUUAAUGGACGGCUCUCACAGUGUGGGAAAGGGCAGCUUUGAGCGGUCCAAACACUUUGCUCUCACCGCUUGUGCAGGCUUGGACGUGGGCCCAGAUAAGGUGAGAGUGGGGGUCAUGCAGUACAGCUCAGCCCCCCGGCUGGAGGUGUCACUGGAUAGCCACCGUACCAGGGAGGGCGUGGUCAAGCACCUGAAGAAGAUUCCAUACAGGGGUGGCAGCACUCAGACGGGCCUGGCACUGAAGUACAUCCUACGGAAGGGCUUCCCUGGGGGACGUAAUGGCACCGCCCCUCGCGUGCUGGUCCUGCUGUCCGACGGCAGGUCCCAGGGCGACCCAGAGCCGUCGGCAGCCGAGCUGAAGCAGGCCGGAGUCACCAUCUUUGCCGUGGGGGUGCGCUAUCCCAGGUGGGAGGAGCUUGACGCCCUGGCCAGCAUCCCCGCUGAGCAGCAUGUCCUGUUUGCUGAGCAUGCCCAUGACGGGGUUAACGGCCUCUUCAGCGCUCUGUCUGCUGCCAACAUCUGCUCUGCCGUACCACCAGGGUGCUUGGUUCAGACCCAUCCCUGUGUGCUUAAAACCCUGGACACAGUCAAAGAGCUACAGGGGAGCUUCACAUGCUGGAAGGGAUCCAAGGGCUUCGCAGUCUCCACUGCUGUUUGCCCUUACUACAGGUGGAGCAGAGUUUACAGGAAACGCUGGAUGUCCUGCCACCGAGCUGUGUGCCCAGACCCCUGUGACUCCGCCCCCUGCCAGAAUGGGGGCACCUGUGUGUCUGAGGGGCCCCAACAGUACCGGUGUAAUUGCCCCCCAGGCUUUGGGGGUGACCCCACUUGUGCCCCAAGGUUCGUCCUCGACUGCAACGUGGACCUGCUCUUCCUGGUGGAGAACAGCGCCCCUCUGGGCAUGGAGGGCUUCCUGCGCUUCCAGUCCUUUCUGAAGCGCUUCAUCCAGGCUGUGCUGGGCUCCGACUCCCCCGUCAAUGUGGGCCUGGCGCAGUACAGCGACCGGGUGAUGAUGGUGGUGCCAGUGGGGAAGCCCAACAUGGGUGAACUCCUGCGGGCGGUGGAGCGGCUGCAGCCUGGCAACGGUCUGGCCCGCACAGGGGCAGCCCUCCGCCACGCAGCCCAGCACGGCUUCCCCAGCACGCCGGUGUUUGCCGAUGUGCGUGACGACUUGCCUCGCGUUGUGGUGCUGCUCACCGGCUCCCCGUCCUCUGACCCGGUGGAGGAGCCUGCCCGCUACGUUCGUGACAAUGAGGUCUUCCUCAUCGCCGUGGGCCCAGACACGCUGAGGGCACAGCUCACCAAUAUCACGGCGAACGCCCACCGCGUCAUCACCUACAGCUCCCCUGGUGGCCUGGAGGCCAAAGUGCCUGAGUUGCAGGCCAAGAUCUGCAGUGUGGACAGCCAAGGAUGCACGGAGCAGGCCUUGGACCUAAUCCUGGUUUUGGAUGCUUCUGAGGCUGUGGGCCGGGAGAACUUCGUGCAUCUCCAGGAGUUUGUGCGCAGUGUCUCUGUGCAGUUCGAUGUGAACCGCGACGUGGUCCAGAUCGCGCUGGUGACAUUCGGGCGCCGAUCGGUCACUGCCUUCCAGCUGGACAGCCAUGCGUCGGGCUCUGCUGUGCUGCGGGCCGUAGGCAAAGCCGCCUAUCAGGGCGGCCCGGCGUCCACGGGCAGCGCCCUGCUGCACGUCCGUGCCGAGCUGCUGAGUGUAGCCCGGGGUGCGCGGCCCGGCGUACCUAAGGCCGUGGUGCUGCUGACGGACGGCGCAGGUGCCGAAGACGCGGGUGUGCCCGCGCAGAAGAUCCGCGACGACGGCGUGUCUGUGUUCGUCGUUGGCAUCGGGGACAUGCAGAGCGACGGCUUGCUGCGCAUUGCUGCCUCCCAGGAUCAUGUGAUCUCUGUGCCAUUCUAUGAGGAGCUCAAGUACUACGAUGAAGUGUUGGUGCACAUGCUGUGUGCAGUUGCCCGACGGCCUGUGAAUCUGUGCAGGCCGAACCCGUGCAUGAAUGAUGGGAUCUGUGUCCUCCGUGGAAGCGGCUACCACUGCGAGUGCCAUGGCUGGGAGGGACUGCACUGCGAGAGCCGUGAGUACCCCCACCCGCGUGUCUGGGAUUGGGAGAGGCCGCACUGCGAGAGCCGUUCAAUGCGGCCCCCAAAACGCGGUGACCUCCCCCAUCCUGCAGGGCUCAGACGAUCCCAGAGGAAAAGGCACGUCCAGCGGCACGCUAGGAGGCGUAGUGCCUCGCAGGACUGAAGGCACCGAGCUGGAAGCACUCGCCAUCGCCCCGGGGGUCGCAACUCUGUCUUUCGUGACCAUUGGGACAGCUGUGCCCCUCCUCCAUCUACAUUUGCCCAUUACUCGCCUGCGCUGGGUGCUGAUUGGCUGCUUGGGGUCCACCUCCCGCCUCUCGCACCAGUGCUGUAUACUGUUACGUAUUUAUUCUGUGCUUAGCCACUGUAGCCUUCCUCUGUACACACAUUAAAGUUCCUUGUUUUCUAGA